AUGGCCCAAUGCUCUGCCCCAGUUGACGGUAUCGUCGGCUCAUACACUGGAAACAGCUUCGCUCUGCAGGCUACUAUCGCUACGCUUCUCGGAUUAGCCCUAUACAGCGCGUUGGAGCUGAUAGUCCUUGUAUUUUCCAUGUUUCAUUCUUACAAUGGACUAUACUUCUGGAGCCUUUUGAUUACUGCUUUACUCGGCGUCAUCCCCGAUGCUUUGGGUCUGCUUUUGAAAUAUUUCAAGCUGGCACCUAUCUGGAUACCCGUCACAUUAUCCACUGCCGGCUGGGCUAUCAUGGUGACUGGACAAUCCCUGGUUCUCUACUCACGGCUACAUCUCAUACUCCGUGACCACAGGAUCCUGCGCUGUGUCCUGGCAAUGAUCAUCAUCGACGCAAUUGUUCUGCAAGUCCCUCAGGUCAUUGCUUCCUACGGGGUUAUAUAUGCAUGUCAUCUUGCAUUUGGUCGGUUCUUCAAUACCUGGGAAAAAGUUCAACUCACAGGGUUUUUUGUCCAGGAGAUCGUGAUCUCAAGUAUUUUUAUUGUACAGACGGUCAAUCUGUUGCGCAGUUACCCAACGAGAAGCCAGCGGAGGACAAACAUCAUGUAUCAGCUUCUGGCGAUCAACCUAGCCAUCAUCCUCAUGGAUAUAUCCCUCAUUGUGAUUGAAUUCAUUGGGCUGUUUAUUAUCCAGACUAUUGCAGUGUUGUCGAGACUGGUCUCGUUUGUACAUUAUGACCCUACACAAGACUCGUCAGGAAUGAACACAUCCCAAUGA